CUGUGUCUGAGACUCUGUCUGAGUGAGUGGGUGUGAGAGAGAGAGAGAGAGAGAGAGAUAAUUCAAGUAAAAAGGAGUCCGAUUUUCUUUUUCAUUUUUUCCACCACCGCUCUCUCUCACUCUCAGUCUCCCUGAAAGGCAAAAACCGCUUUUCUUCAUCUUCUCCUUCCAUAUUUACCCUUUUACCAAAAAAGUUAGUAAAAUAAUAGUAGUUGUACAUGAAUAGUGGCAUCGUCUCCACCAAUAAGAAAGAUACUGCAAGGAGAGAUGGAGGAAACUUCUCUGAUGUUCCAAGUUUUUAUCUUGGGAUAGCUUUGAAUCCGAUGUUUUCGUUCCAACUAGCUCUGCCGUCUUUAGAUCUGGUCUGUCAUCUCAUCUGUGGUCCAGUCAUGAAUCGUGUAGCUUUAGUCUUCGGUUCAGUUUACUUUCGUCCUGAAUUUUUUGGCGACAGGGGUUGAAGAUCAAAAUUCCCAGUUUGUUACUCACUAGUCACCACUUAUCAUGAUUUUGAUUGACAUGUCUGUACGAAGGUUUGAGCGUUUGAGCUCUCAACUCCAGGGUUCAAAAUGAUCGGAAAGAAUUCUAUGAAUCCGUGAAGAAUCAAGUCAGUUCGAGUUUCAAUCGGCGUAUACCUUGUUUCUCUUACUAACUGUGGGAUAUAGGGUUCAAUAAGAUGGACGACGUGGGUGCUCAACUCGCUUCACCCCUUUUCAUUCAUCAGGCACUGUCUGGUCGAUUCUGUGAAGCGCCUUCCAUGGCAAAGAAGCGCGAUCUGCCAUGGCAAAGCCCCAACUUUCAGCAUCAGCAUCAGCAGCAGCAACAUCAACGUUUUAAUUCAGGGUUUCAAAACUCGAAGGGUAAUUGGAACCCUAAUAGUUGGGAUUGGGACAGUAUGAUGUUUGUUGCGAAGCCCUCGGAGACAGAGGUUCUUCGCGUGGGGACUGCGGCAGUAGUUGAAUCUGAACAAAAGAAGAAAGGAGAAGAAACCUUGAAAAGUUUAGUUGUGAAUAAGGGCUCUGUGGAUGAGGACGGAGAGAACCUUACCUUGAAGCUUGGUGGGAGCUUGUAUUCAGUAGAUGAAUCUGCGGCAAGGCCCAACAAACGUGUCCGAUCUGGAUCCCCUGGUACCGGCAGCUACCCAAUGUGUCAAGUAGAUGACUGUAAGGGAGAUCUGUCCAAUGCGAAGGAUUAUCACCGUCGACAUAAAGUAUGUGAGCUUCACAGUAAAACCACCAAGGCGCUCGUAGGGAAGCAGAUGCAGAGGUUCUGCCAGCAGUGUAGUAGAUUUCACCCACUCUCAGAGUUUGAUGAAGGUAAGAGAAGCUGCAGGCGAAGACUUGCUGGGCAUAAUCGGCGAAGAAGAAAAACACAACCAGAAGAUGUUUCCUCACGGCUGUUGGUGCCUGGAAACCUGGAGAAUUCUGGUAGUGGGAAUUUGGACGUUGUUAAUCUGUUAACUAUUUUAUCUCGGCUCCAAGGUAACAUUGUGGACAAAAGUGCCAAUGGUCCAUCAACUCCAGAUAGAGAACGACUUAUUCAGAUUCUUAACAAGAUUAACGCUUUGCCCUUCUCUGGAAAUUCUGCUUCAAGAUUGCCUGUACCUUGUAGUUUUGACUUGAAUGUUUCACAAGAAGCUUCUUCAGACAGCCUGAAUAAAACAAAUGGAAAUACACCUGUUCCCUCUACCACGGACUUGCUUGCUGCUCUAUCGGCUGCUUUGGCAGCAGCUACACCUGAUGCUAUUGCACUUCUUUCUCAAAGAAAUAGCAAAAGUUGUGAUGAUGAUAAAAGUAAGUUGAACUCCCUUGACCAAGCUGGUGGUUUUCAUUUACAGAAGAAGCCAAUUUCGGGGUGCCCUUCAAUUGGAGGAGAGAGAAGUAAUAGUACCUCUCAAUCUCCAGUAGAGACUCCAGAUUGCCAGGUUCACAUAUCUAGACCAAACUUACCAUUUCAACUAUUUAGUUCCUCUCCCGAGGGUGGCAGCCUACCUAAAUUGGGAUCUUCCAGGAGAUAUUUCUCCUCAGACAGCAGUAAUCCAUUGGAAGAGAGGUCUCCUUCAUCCUCUCCCAUUGUGCAGAAACUAUUCCCACUGCAUUCUGAAGCAGAAAUUUUGAAACAUGAGAGAAUGUCCAUGAGUGGAGAGGAUAAUGCAACAAUUGAAACCAGCACAACUCGUGGUUGGACAUCACCUCUGGAACUCUCUAAAGGGCCAAAUGGAAGGCUUGAGAGUGGUUCAGCUCAAAACCUACAAUAUCAAGGAGGAUACACUUCCUCAUCUGGCUCAGAUCAUUCACCUUCUAGUUCAAAUUCUGAUGCUCAGGACCGCACUGGGCGAAUCAUUUUUAAACUAUUUGACAAGGAUCCUAGUAAUUUGCCUGGCACACUAAGGACACAAAUCCUUAAUUGGCUAUCUCAUAGUCCAUCAGAGAUGGAGAGUUACAUUAGGCCUGGCUGUGUGGUUCUUUCAGUAUAUGUUUCAAUGUCUUCUACUGCGUGGGAGCAUCUCCAAGAAAACCUUCUCCAUCUUGUUAAUUCACUAGUUCAGGAUUCAGCUUCUGAUUUUUGGAGAAAUGGCAGAUUUUUGGUUCAUACGGACAGGCAGUUAGUGUCGCAUAAGGAUGGAAAGAUCCGACUAUGUAAAUCCUGGAGAACAUGGAGUGCUCCAGAGCUAAUCUCUGUAUCUCCUUUGGCUGUUGUUGGUGGAGAGGAGACAUCUCUGGUGCUGAAAGGUCGAAAUCUGACUGCUCCAGGCACCAAGGUUCAUUGCACCUAUUUGGGAGGGUAUAAAACAAAGGAAGUUCCAGGAUCAAUUUACCAGGUAGCCAUGCAUGAUAAUACAAGCUUGGAGAUGAAGUUUCCUGGUGUCCUAGGUCGCUGUUUCAUAGAGGUAGAGAACGGUUUCAAGGGCAACAGCUUUCCUGUUAUAAUUGCUAAUGCUACCAUUUGUCAAGAAUUAAGAGUUCUUGAAUCUGAGUUUGAUCAAGACUCGAAAAUGGCUUCUGUUGUUACAGAAGAUUGGAUUCAGGACUUCAGGCGGCCACAGUCCAGGGAGGACAUUCUGCACUUCCUAAAUGAACUUGGAUGGCUAUUUCAAAGGAAAAAGAACCCUUCUAAGCCAGACAGUGCUAAUUUCUCCCAUUCCCGGUUCAAGUUUCUCUUCACUUUUUCAGUUGAAAGAGACUGGUGUGCUGUAGUUAAAACACUCCUGGACAUCCUUUUGGAAAAAAGCACAGGUACAGAUGGGCCAUCGAAGGCAUCCGUAGAGAUGCUGUCGGAUAUUCAACUCUUGAGCAGGGCAGUAAAGAGAAGGUGCAAGAAAAUGGUUGACUUGCUUGUCCAUUAUUAUGUAACUGCUAAUGGUGGCAGCACAAAACAAUAUCUUUUCCCCCCAAACUUGGUGGGAUCAGGUGGUGUCACCCCUCUGCAUUUGGCUGCAUGCAUGCAAGGUUUGGAGGACAUAGUUGAUUCUCUCACGAAUGAUCCACAACAGAUUGGAUUGAACUGCUGGAAUUCUCUACCAGAUGCUAAUGGGCAGACUCCAUUUGCAUACUCCUCAAUGAGGAACAACCACUCCUACAACAGGAUGGUGGCCAGGAAACUUGCAGACAGAAAACGUGGUCAGGUUUCAAUAUCGGUUGGGGAUGAUAUCUCUUUGCAUCAGUCACGGAUGAUGGCUGAACAAACUAAUAAGCUGCUUCCUGAAACAUCGCAAGGGUGGCAAUCUUGUGCCAAGUGUACAGUUGUGGCAACAAGGAGCUACAAACGGAUGCCGGGUUCUAAAGGCCUGCUUCACCGUCCUUAUGUCCAUUCAAUGCUUGCAAUUGCGGCUGUUUGCGUCUGUGUAUGCUUGUUCCUUCGGGGCUCCCCUGAUAUCGGCUCUGUUGCUCCUUUCAAGUGGGAGAAUUUAGAUUAUGGGUGGAGCUAAUUUGGGGAAAGGGUGGAAAGAAAAUGGAAUAAAAAAAAGGAUGGAGGAAAUACCCAGAAAAGAAAGGAGGAUAGUGGAAGGGCUGGCCGUUUUGGUUCCAGCUUCUACUUGUUUCUUAUUAGCUAAGUGGUUUAUGUUGGCUUUGGGAACGUUUAGUCCAUUUGUAAUGGAGGAUAGAGAAUGAAAUUCCACACUGGUGGGUGGGUGGUGCUCUACUGCUCUCACACUGGUAUAUCUUAAGUACGAAUCUGUGCAGAGGGGAAACGUCCACGAGUAAAAGCCGCUGCUGGUGGCAUCAGAGCAUGUGAGAAGUAUAAGCAAGGUAGUUUGUUUCAUUUUUUCUUCUUUUUUUUUUGGGUUAACCAUUUUCUUGUUCUCUCCUCGGUGUUUUUUAGUCUUUCUCAUUAAUUUUUGUUUUUUGUAUCGAUUAACAUAGAAAAAGAAAAUUCAUGUGGAAGACCAAGUCUGAGAAACUGACCAUGAAUUUUUGUCAUUGUAAAAUCAUAAAACCGGGGUGGGGUGGAUGAAGAACCUAACAUAAAUAAUUAAAUAUACAUGAUUAUUUUUAUUAUACAUAUAAAGGAGGUUUGAAUUUA